GGGCCAAGUGUUCUAAGCAGGUGCUUAGAUUGAGACAAAAGAGCUCAAUGAAGAAAUGAGGGUUUGAUUGAUAACGGCAGUACGAAGCCAUUGUGCACGGCGGCAGUGAUUAGUCCCAGUUGAGGCGUGAGAAGUUUCGGUUCGUUCGGUGGCUGAAAGAAGAGAGACGUUUCCAGAGGAUUACAACGUUUCGUAACAAGGAGAAAGAAUUACCAUGCAUCGGAUACGGAAUCAUGUCACCGCAGGGCUGCUGCUCGUAACGUUCCUAUUAGUUCCUUCCAUUCGUGCCGACGAGCUUCCAAAGGACAUCAAAGAACUGGACAUCGACAAACUCCGAGAGCAGCUCCCAGAGGGUCUCAUCCCGCCAGAGUUCCAAAACGUCUCCCUACCCAGUCUGGAGGACAUCCAACGGAUCGUGAAGGACAAAUGCUCACGGGUUGCCGGUAGCGAUGCCGCCUACGAGCAAGCCCAACAGUCCGGCCAAAAGCUGAACGAAUGCCUCCAAGGACUGAUCGACUUUAGCGACUUGCAGAGUGAAAUCAAGGAAGCGAAGCCAACGGGCGAUCUGGAUACCGUAUUUAAUAAGUACUGCCGAAGACGAUCCAUCGCUAUCGAGUGCAUCAACACGUUCUCCAAUGAUGUGGAUGUUUGCCUGGAAAGCGACGAAAAGGAAAGUAAACGGAUCCUGGUCAACAUUGUCCAUGGUCUGCUGAACUUUGUCUGUCACAAGGAUGGUGAUCAGAUUGCACUAUUCAUCGCCGAAGAAGGUCCCGAGUGCUUCGAGGAACAGAAGCAACCACUGAUCGACUGCUUCAACAGUACUAUGCGAGGAUAUUUGGACGAACCGAGCCCACAGGCUUCCGAGGGCAUUCCAAAGCUGGUCAUGGGAAAGAAGCAGUGCGACGACAUGGACAACCUACGGGACUGCUUCGUCCGAGUGCUGGAAGAUUGCAAGGAAUCCACUCCGGCCAACUUGGUGGAAUCACUGUUCAAGUUUGUCCGACGGGAAACCCCAUGUGCCAAUUUUACAACGCCCGAAACUAGUCGACGGAAUUCCGGUGAUGUCAACCGAGCAUCGUUCCAUGUGAUUCUAGCGACCUGGUUGCUGGCGCUGAUAGCCAAAUUUAUCGUCCAAUAAUUUCCAGUUGUGAUACGACUUUUAUGGUGACAUCUUCAGGGACUAGGUGUAUUUAUGAGCUAACUCAUAUUGAUGAUAUUGAUGAAUUCGAUGGGUCGGAAGGAAACAAAUUGGAAUCGACCUAAACUCGCUCUUUUGCUAGUAAAUUUUCUGUAUUUAGUUAAAUAUCGUUAUGUGUCAAACUAGUUAUGAAAGAACAUAAAACGGAUUCAGGUAAUAGUUUUCAAAUUAUUUGAAAAAGAUGACAAUUGUAUGAUAUUUUUAAAGAAUGUGAAUAAAUUUAACUCAAAA